ACCCUAGAGAUUACGCUUCAUCAAUACCCUUUGCCAAUCUCUUCCCCGCUCUAUUUCUCUGUCUCAUCUGCAAAAUUUCCAUUGAAGCUUACUCGAAGCCUCUAAUUUAAUCAAGCCAAACGAACACGCUGUUAUUUUAUCUCUAAUUUCCUUUUCAGAGUUAAAGAAGGACGUGAGAAUAGAUCCAUGGACUUUGAGCGAUAUUUUGCCCAGGGAUGGAAAUCAGUUUCAAGUGCAGCAGCCGACGCCGAAAGUUUUAGUGGCUGUUUUGACUGUAAUAUCUGUUUUGAUUUUGCACAUGAGCCAGUAGUCACCCUCUGUGGCCACCUCUACUGCUGGCCCUGCAUUUACAAGUGGCUCCAUGUCCAGAGCGCCUCCCUUGCCUCUGAUGAGCAUCCGCAAUGCCCAGUAUGCAAAGCUGAUAUAUCUCACGCUACCAUGGUCCCCCUCUAUGGCCGUGGCCAAGGCUCAACUGAAGCUGAAGGCAAGGCACCAUAUAGGGGUAUGAUCAUACCUCCCAGACCUUCAGCUUGUGGUGCUCAAGGUGUCAUGUCGAACACAUCUAAUACCAGCCAGCGGCUUCCAUAUCGUAAUCCUUACCAGAGCCAUAACUACAAUUCUAAUCCAUAUGGCAGUUUCGAAGAGGCUUCCCCAUCACCAUUACUUAACCUUGGAGACCCUACGAUGACUGGUUUGCAGGAACCAGUUGUUGGGAUGUUAAGGGAGAUGGUUUAUGCAAGGGUUUUCGGUGCAUUUCCAAGCUCAUAUCACUUGACGGGAACUAGUAGCCCCAGGAUGAGAAGGCAUGAGAUGCUGGCAGCGAAGUCAUUGAACAGAAUCUCAAUUUUUCUCUUCUGCUGCUUUCUCCUUUGCCUUGUUGUAUUUUGAAACACAGUAAUAGGUUAUUCACCAUUGUUCAUCUGUAUAUUUUGUGAAGAGCAACGGAUCGGAGGUUAUGGAACAUCUUAGAUCAGAUAAUAUAUAUGAGCCGAUUUUUUAUA